UGUAUUUCCGUUGUGAAUGUCCUGCGAUGGAUGUCCACUUGGUGAUCUGGUCAGACUUGCGAUCAGCCCGCCGCCAACUCUUACACUGCUCGGACACUUUGCGUAUACCAUGCGCGCACAUAGACUGUUGUUCCUCUGUCUAAGUGGCCAGAUGAUGUCCGUCCGGAAACUGUUCCUGUCCUUUUCCGUCCGUGUGUCCGACUUCCUAAUUCCCUCCAAUGGCAGUGACCCAUCAUCAGACUAUCUUGUAACCAUUUUAUGUUAUCAUGUGCCAAGUACUUAUUACAACAGUACAACACUUUGUUACUAAGUCAUUACUUAUUGAAUUCUAAUGUUUAAGUUAUUAUUUAUAUACUACAUAUAUCUACUCCCUACAGGCUUGGGUGAUUGGAGUAUGGUUUUAUUUUACUCAUUGGUUUUUAAAAUGUAGUACACGUGAACUGUGUGAUAUUUUACUAUGUGUACUAAUUUAUUACUCAUUCAAUAAAACCAUGGAUUUGAUUUCACCCAAGCCUGAUUUACUGGUUGUUUUUUACUGAUGCUAUUAAAUGCAAAGUGGGCAGGGAGUCUCUGGCUUACAUGAGUUUAAAGAUUAAUUAGUUAAUUAAAUUUUUGUUUAAUUUAUUAUUAAUGUCUACGUAUGUUCUUCCAUUUGCGUAUUCUAUACAUGUGUCAUAAAACUACCCUGCCACUUUGUUACCGCCUGCAGUGCCUGUUGCUGACCGUAGUUGCUAAUUUUAGACCACCCGGCUUUGUUUAUUUGCCUCGGGGGGGUCCUUUGUUUAUUGGGUUGGUCAGCAGCGCUAGUCUCGGGAUACUGUGCGGUAAUAUUACGUAACCAUAGUUGUUAGUUCCAUCGGGUCGCCUUGGCACUUUUUCUAUAUUUAAAAGGGGUCCCGAUGGAUCUUGGCAUGUUGGCAUGGCACCAACCAAUCAGAGGCCGUGAGGGAAUUCUAAAUUUGCGCCCACUUCCCUCUCUCUCUUCACUUUCUUAGAAUUAGUCGAAGGGCAAGGCCACGCCAUUUUCCUUAAAAUUUUCUCUGUUUCCUGUGAUAAUUCAACUUGUGGUCCUUCGACUAUAAGAUUUUAUUCAUUGCUAUUAGCAUGAUCGUUCACCAUGGCAGAAGAACGUUUUGUAAGGCAGUAUUUUGACAUUCCGCAGUGGUACGUUUUCGCGGAACAUGAAGUAAGCAGACUCAACGCCAUUAUUCGUGAGAACGUGCCUAGCCAGAUUAUUUCGUGCAUCUUACUGGACUGCUCGGCUAUGUGCAACUCGUGUAUUUUUUGUGAUCCAGAGAUCAAUGUCCCUAUGACCUGUGGCGCUAUAUCGAGGCCGACAAGAUCGUGUUAAAUAUACAAACUAUUGACAGUGACGAUGGCAGACCUAUCCGCCGAUAUAGAGGAAGUCACGCAAUGGGCGGCCUCAAAAAAACUUUCAGUAGACACUGUUAAAACACUUAUAGCGUAUGGAUACGAGUCAAUGGACGCCUUGGAGACUCUUACCCCAGAGGACAUUUCGAAGGCGAAAAUCCCCGUGGGCCAAAUGAAACUUUUACAUAAGGCAGUCCGCAACACGUUUCGUGCCGUGGACACACCAUCUCCUGUGGCCGCACAACAAACACCGAACACCAGUGCCGAGACCGCCGCCGCUACCUCGACCCCAAACGACCUCGCUACCGCGGUGAACUCGGAGACGUGUGACGACGCUUUCGUCCGCGUGGUGAUGGACCAGAUGAGGGCCAGCCAAGCAAACAUCGCCAAGUCCGUCGUACCAGAGCCCCUACGGAACCAGGAGCUGCCUCCAGAAAUUCAAGCGGACCCAACAAACCAAAAUUAG